AUGACCCAAUCUCACAAAGACCUUGCUCGCCUCGAGACGGAAGCCUGGAACCGAGACGCCAGCGACAUCGAACCCCUUGACACACUUUCGCUCUGCCGCGCCUUUCACCGCGAGGAGGCACGCGUCAUACCGGCAAUUGAAAAUGCGCUACAGACUAUCGCAUACCUCAUUGACGCUCUUGUGCCUCGGCUUCGAUCUGGAGGCCGGCUUGUCUACGUGGGUGCGGGAAACAGUGGCCGGGUCGCGCUGAUGGACUGCGCCGAACUCCCCGUGACCUUUUCAGUCGACCCAUCGCAGUUCCUCUGUGUUGUGCCUGCAGGCGCUCCUGGCUCAGCGGCGCAGGCCCCAGAGGGAGCAGAGGAUGCCGGGAAUGACGGUUCCGCUGCCCUCGAGGCACUGAAUCUCACCCCCGAGGAUAUAGUUGUUGGGAUAUCCGCCUCGGGGCGAACGCCCUUUGUCGUCGAAGCGCUCAAAGUCGCCGCUGCGCGGGGUGCGCUCACGGCUGGAAUUACCAAUGUUCGGUCCCCCUUGAUCAGCCAGCUGCCAAUCGAUUACACCAUAACCUCUCUCGUCGGGCCAGAGUUUAUUACAGGUAGCACCCGCCUCAAGGCAGGGAGUGCCGCCAAGGUGAUUCUGAACAUGAUCAGCACCUGCGCAAUGAUUCGGCUAGGCAAGACGUAUAGAGGACUGAUGGUCGAUGUGUGUGUUCAGAAUGAAAAGCUGCGCCAUCGUGCGAGGCGGAUUGUGCGCCAGGUCUGUCGUUCACACGCACUCUCCGCAAGGGGGGGAGGACCGCCCGACAUUCCCAUUCCGAUCCCAAUUCCCAAAACAACCGAAGGCGACAGGCUGAUCGACUCGCUGAUUGAGGACUGUGACGGGAGCGUGAAGCUCGCAUGCGCAGUGGCCCUUUCAGGCCUUACGCCAGAUGCGGCGCAAAGGCGGCUCAACUCGGUAAAUGGGCAUCUUUCGAGACUCGUUCAGGCGGCCAGCCAGCCAGCAUUGGAAGUACCCAUCUCUGUCGUGCCCCACAAUUCAGAGCGAUUCUUCCUAGCAAUUGAUGGCGGCGGGACCAAGUGCACUGCUUCCCUCGCGGUGUGGCAGGGAACCGAGAUUAUCACAACCCAAGGGAUAUCCGGCCCAUGCAAUGUGCACUGUACUUCCCUCAGCGAAAUCCUGGACCGGAUCCGGGCAGCUACUAUGCAAGCGGUCGUUGCCAUGAGGCAAAAACUACCUGGGCUAUCGGCGUCCUUUGCAAUCACCAGAGCGUGGGUGGGAAUCGCCGGCGUGGAUAGCGCAACCCAGCCCACCGUGGAUACCCUGGCCCACCGCCUGGAGGAGAUAUUCCACAUGGCUCAUGGUCGCGGUGCGCUUCGCCUGACCAGCGACGGGAUGCUCCUUGGCGCCUGCUUCGAGGCCAACAGCCACGUGGAAGCAGCGCUAGCCGUUGUCGCAGGUACCGGGUCUGUGGCACUAACCUUGGGCAGAGACGCGUCUACCGGACAGACCGUGUGUAGAGGGAAGGCCGGAGGCUGGGGAUAUCUGCUCGGAGACGAAGGAAGCGCGUUUGACAUGGGUAAACGUGCUUUGCGGACAGCUCUGGCUCAGAUGGAAACAAAGAGCGGCGAAGAUACUGAUUUGUCCGCCCUCCAACGAGAACUGCUCGCCACCUGUGGCUGCACCCGUAUGGACCAGCUACUUCCCUGUGUUCUACAAGCCUCCGGCAGUGGGUCGAAGCGGGUGAUUGCCGGUCUGGCAGCGGCAGUCACCCGGCUGGCCUUCCGCCCAGAAAAUCCGGAUCCAGAAGCGCAAACAAUACUUCGUUCAGCGAUUGAGGAUCUUGUACAGUCGAUCAGGCGCUUAUUAGCGGUGGCGAGCUUGCCGAAAGGAGGCGCAGCAAUGCUUAUUCUGUCUGGAUCAUUGAUGAAUCUGGCUCCAUAUCGUAAUCUGUUCCUGGAGGUGUGGAAGAGUAAGGGACUCUAUCAUUUCUCGGAGGUGAAGGUUGUCAAAGACCCUUCGAUCGCAGCAGCUGAAAUGCUGGCUAGAUCUUGCUUUAUGGCUAUUUAG